AGAGAGAGAGAGAGAGAGAGAAAUCGAAUUUUUGGCGUGGGAAAUCUUUGAUGAUGAUCUUCCUUCCUUCUCCCUCCUUCCAUGGGCCAUCACCACCAAGAAUAGUCACAGAUGAAUCGUAACCUCCCGCCCUCCUCUCUGCAAUUUCAGUGGUGGCGAGUCAUUUCUAUGUUAUAAUUCCUCAUUAACCAAACAUCCCCUCAGAUUCUUCCCGUCCGUUCUCUACCCCGACAUUAACCUGAAUCCAUCCGAAAACUAGAAAAUUUCAAGAAAAGAUAAGAUUGACAUCUCCCAGUUCUUGCGUUUCACCCAGAAGGCCCCGGCUGCAUUGGAUUGGGCGAGGAGCUGAAUCGAUUCCCAGAUGGGCACUUACAGGGCGGACGAUGAUUACGAUUACCUGUUCAAGGUUGUGUUGAUCGGAGACUCCGGCGUCGGGAAAUCGAACCUGCUGUCGAGGUUCUCCCGGAAUGAGUUCAGCCUCGAGUCCAAGUCCACGAUUGGGGUCGAGUUCGCGACUCGGUGCAUAAGGGUCGACGAUAAGACCGUCAAGGCCCAGAUUUGGGACACCGCUGGCCAAGAAAGAUACAGAGCAAUCACGAGUGCGUACUACAGAGGAGCAGUUGGGGCCCUGCUAGUCUAUGACAUAACCCGCCACGUCACAUUUGAGAAUGUGGAGAGGUGGCUCAAAGAGCUGCGGGACCACACCGAGUCCAACAUCGUGAUUAUGCUCGUCGGGAACAAGGCCGACCUCCGCCAUCUCCGUGCUGUGUCCACCGACGAUGCCAGCUCCUUCGCUGAGCGUGAGAACACUUUCUUCAUGGAGACCUCUGCCCUCGAGUCGCUCAACGUUGAGAAUGCCUUCACGGAGGUCUUGACUCAGAUCUACCGCAUUGUCAGCAGGAAGGCCCUCGACAUAGGGGAUGACCCCACCGUGCUUCCCAAGGGACAGAUGAUCAACGUGGGGUCUAGGGACGACGUCUCGGCCGUCAAGAAAGUCGGGUGCUGCUCCUCAUAAGAAGGGUGUGGAGGGACGGGCUCGGAAAUGGUCAUCUGGCGUGAUAAAAUUCUACAUAUAUAUACAGCAGAUUAGGUCAUAAAGAAAUUAAGCUGGAAAGAGAAAUGUAGGAGGAGCUAUACCUUUGCCUUUCCAUUUUACUGUAUUGUUUCAUUUGUUUUUCACUCAUUUAGUGUAUGUUUGUACUUUGAGCUUUUGUCGUUGUGGAUUAAAACCAAGUAGUCUUCUGUUGUAUAUGAGACCACACUAAAUAAUACAGUUAUAUUUGAAGUAUUUACCUUC